AGAGAUAGAGAGAGAGCGAGAGAGAGAGAGGGGUUACAGUGCCAGAGCUGCUUGAUGCACAAGUGUUGUGACCGGGCUGGACCGUUAUUGUCACACUGCGGAGCCAACAAGACCGUCUGAGCGUUUCACGGGGAUCAGGGCAGAACACAGCAGCAUCGAGCCAACAUGGGGAAGGUGGAAGGUGGAAUGAAAUGCGUCAAAUACCUUUUGUUCGUGUUCAACUUCAUAUUCUGGUUGAUGGGAUCCUUUGUUCUGGCAGUGGGGCUGUGGCUACGUUUUGACCCAGAGACUGUGUCUCUGCUCAAUGGUGAUAAGGCUCCAGAUACCUUCUUCAUUGGUGUGUAUAUACUGAUUGGUGCUGGCAGCCUGGUGAUGUUGGUUGGUUUCUUUGGCUGCUGUGGAGCUGUGCGAGAAUCUCAGUGCCUGCUGGGUUCAUUCUUUGCCUGUUUGUUGAUCAUCUUUGGAGCUGAGGUGGCAGCGGGGGUGUUUGGAUUCUUAAACAAAGACAAAAUCGUCGAAGACGUUCAGAACUUCUACACAACAACUUACAAUGAAAACAAUAACAGCACUAUGAUCAUCUCAUACCAGAAAGUACUGAACUGUUGCGGAACCGCCGCAAACCCCUGCCCUGAUCCCCAACCAGAUACCAAGGACUGUGAGACAGGCAUCAAGGAGUUCUUCAACAGUAAGCUCUACAUCAUCGGGUACGUGGGCAUCGGCAUUGCUGGAGUCAUGAUCAUUGGGAUGAUCUUCAGUAUGGUACUCUGUUGUGCCAUUCGCAACAGCAGGGAGGUUAUCUAAGCUGGAUCCUUGACCUGUACCCCUCACCCCUCCUUUACUCAACCCCCGAGAGACUGUACAGCCAUCAGAUAAAAUGUCAACCCCUGUCCCAUCAUCCACCCAGCGACCCAGGAAACUGACCAUGCUCUAAAACUUCUGUUUCGUCUGCGGUGCUCAACUCAGCUCUCCUGACCUGAUCUUUAUUCUCUCUGAAAUUUUAUUUAUUUAUUUGCCGUCACAAGCUAAGUAGCAGAGUUGACUUUUCAUAACAGGCUGGUAAUUCACAUUUCCAGUAGGAACAGAAUAAUUUGCGAUGUUGCCCUGACAAUCUGUCAAGAUUGUUUUUCCUCAUGGCCAUUUGGCUACCACUACAAAUUUUAACCCACAUACUGUCACAGGAGCGUCAAUGCUUUUUCACACUGCCUUGACACUGACCCUGUGGCUGUGGGAAACUUAAGCCCAGAGAGAGCAAUCCGAGGUGAAGGCAGCUGUGUGUGCUUAUCUGUGCACACACAAAUCAAGACACACACGGAUGCGCACACAUAAACACAGCAAUGUUGUGUUACGUGAGACGGCAGCCUUGUCUGGCGUCUCGUAGGGGAGUCCUGAUUGGUGGAAUCAGAGUUGAGUGUCAAGAGAGGGAAUGGCCCGUGAAUGUUUCGAGAAUGCAUCCAUCAUGCAGCCCGAAUGGUCUUACUCACACACAUACAACAUGCUGUAUACGCACUCUGCGAACUAUGCAAUCAACACAGGUUGCUCUUUAUAAGGAAAAUCCACAGUUAUCUUAAAGGACUAGUUCAAUAUUGUUGGGGAAUACUCUCAUUCACUUCCUUACUGAGGGUUAGAUUAGAAAAUAUCUAACUCAUGUACGAUAAGUAUGAAGCUACGGCCGGCAACUGGUGAGAUUAGCUAAGCACAAAGACUGGAAACAGAGGGAAAUAGCCAGCCUGGCUCUGUGUGGAUCAUUUUGGAGAGAUUUUGUUCUCACUUUACAGAGCCAAACGACCUCUUGUGCCCAGUUUUUAUGCAGCUGUAGCCUUAUAUUUUCCACACAAAGUGGUGUCGAUCUUCUCCUCUGCCUCUUGGUAAGAAAGCGUAUUUCUUAAAAUCUUGAACUAUUCCUUUAAAGGACCAGACCAGUGGGUUUGCCCUUUUUAGUUCAUUUACUACAAAUCAUGCACAGUUUGAACUAAAAGUUAACCACUUUGAAAACAACACUGGAACGUUUCAGAAAUGUUCACUGUGGUGGGUUUAUAUAUUCAAGUAGGUCAUCUGUUGAGCAGAAACGAAUGGGGAGGCUGCAUGUAGUGGUAGGAAAAGUACUGUACAUCAAAACAUCUAAAACCAUGUAGUGUGCAUGAUUUUGCAGACACGCUGGUCUGAUCCUUCAAAGAUGAUUUAAAUUUAAAAAAAAAGCCAACUGAAUUACGAACCAAAUUCCCUCGUCAUCCCGAAGGAAAAGCUCCUCAUCUAUACGGCGAAGCGACUCAGUGACAUAAAUACCACUUCCUACCCUUAAUAAUAUGUGUGCUCCCUUAUGUAAGAGAGUACCCUGGAGCUAGACCAUAUGGAUAUGUUUUCAGGCUAUACAUAUACUAGCCGGUCAACUGAGAAUAGGUGCUGUCACUGUGAAAUCCAGUUAUCCGAGCCAGAUCUUUGAUGUCUUCCCAGCUCUUCCAUCUUUUUCCCCCUGUGUGCCUUAAAAGUACACCGCCCACAACAAAAACCCCAAGGAAAUCACCCCUGUAUUCUUCCCAUUUUAUUGACCUCAGCAGAUAGGAGGGCUGUUGGAUAGAGACACAUUUAUCCAGGUUAAAUCAGGCCAGUGUUUGAAUUUGAAGGGUUUAUUCCAAGUGUCAGGACUCCAGUAUGUAAAUAUGUUUGAGUUUUUUUUUUUUUGUUUGUUUUUUGUAGUUGUACAUUAUUUGUGGCUGAUGUGAUAGUUACUAUUUAACAUGCUGUGUGUAGACAGACGCUUGCAGUAGUUAUACCAUGUUUUAGUCAUGACAGUGUAGUCAAACCAGAUCCACACAGCCAAAACAGUCUCUUAACGUGCCUUUCUUCGAUAUCCAGCUAUUUUUGAACAACAGGCUGUCUGAACGUAGCAGAAGUGUACAUAUGUUUGUAGAGUUGGACCGCUAUUAAUUGUCAUUCACAGUGGACGAGUAGCACAUAUGGCUCGACUUGCCAUUAUUGUUUUGGUGUGUUUUUGAGCGUGGCACUCCACUGUGUCUUCUCAGCCAAGAGAGCUGAAGUGGUGAAAAGAACAGUUUUCUCUUCCAACUAUUUCAAAAGCCUUUUGGUACUAAUAAAAAUCUAUUCUCAGGACUCUAAACAAUAAUCUGAAUGUUGAUGAAGUCCAGAUGAUCAAACUAUACGGGACACAAGCACUUGUGAAUAUUAUUUUCGCUUGUUUUUUUUUUCACAUUUUAGUGUGAUUUUAAACAUGUGAGGACACAACAAAGGCUUAAUUACCACUUCAGGCUGUUAGGAUGACAGUAGGUAGUGUUUACUCUGAGGACGGAGAUGACACAACAGAGUCACUAGACUGUCACUCCAGAGGCUCUGUGGAGCUAAAAUAGGAGGAACGAGGAACAGUUUAGUGCUACUCAAUCCACAAUGCUGUUGCUGUGUUCCUCAGUUAUAUUUGUUUUGAGCAAAUCUGGAGAUGUAAUGUACUGUGCUCCUAAAAAAAAAAAAAAAAAAAAAAAAAACUGUGUACACAGUCGAGCCUUUCAUAGUUGAUUGUGUGUUAAUUUAUUUUAAUACCAUUCCAGGCUUCUCAGGAAGAUAGGUGAUUGAAGUUUAAUAAAGCUUUUAAAGUUUUACAGAG